AUAGAAGAGGGGGGUUGGAAAAGGUACAUAUAGGGGGAACAACAGGAAGUGGCUUCAGUACUAACCUUUUUUGUUUCAGGAGCUGCUUGUAGCUGAUGCAGAAGAAGUUGCUGAAGAUGACGGCCAGAAGCAGGAGAAUUCCCAAACGGUUCCUUACAGAUGAUGAGACCCUCUGGAAGACGAGAGCAAUCCGGGCUCAGAAGAGAUUGAAGCUCCUGGAAAAAAGGCAGGGAGAGAAACAGAAGAAGCAGGAGACGGUCUUGGAGCAGAAGGCAGCGGUAACCCCCCCUGAGAGAGAGCGGAUGCAAGAGGGUAACAAGAGAGACAAAGUGGGUAAAGUGAACAAUGGAGCAGGUGACAAAGAGGUCGAAGGGAGCACGACAGCGCCGCAGGGAAUGGCGGCAGCAGACAAGGAAGGACAAGACGGGCAUCGUGUGAGCCAUAAGAAACACGGUAAGCAAAUGUAUUAUAGUGACAGUAGUGAAUCUUCGUCAGAUAGUUCCACGGAUGAUGACUUUGAGGAUGAUAAGCGUAAUGGGAGGGGGCAUAGAAAAAUCUUGAAAAUUGUAAGAAAGUUAUAUGCUAAGCAAGAGAAAAAUAAGGUGGUGAAGGAAGGGUAUGAGGACGGGGACAGCAGUGAUAAUGUGGUGAAUUUAGACGAUGAAGUAGCAGCGACCAAGCUCUUACCCCUUCCCACACAUUUAAAAGCGAAGGUUGUUAGGAAAGCGCAGAGAGGACGGUAUGUGGAUGUGUUUGAAAUGACUAGGGAAGCUUUGGCGGUCAAAUCUAAUGAGGGAAGGGGGAGAAGGGCAAAGCAGACAUUUCCAGAAUGGGUGAAAGGGAUGGUCAUAUAUGCAGAAUGUUUUCUAACGGCCAAUCCAGAUAAGAUGAAAGGGGUGCUGAGAUACAUACAUUUAAUAGCGGAAUGCUACACCACAUACGGGGGUUUCGCAUGGAAGGAUUAUGAUAGGGAAUUUAGGAAAGGAAAUAUACAAUUGGGAGGUAAAGGUAGGAAGGAUUUUGGGGUAAAAAUACUAGAUACGUGGACGAGGGUGAUGAAGGUCCCUGAAGCACAAGGUAGGCCCAUAGGGCAAGGGAAAACAUUCAGAACAGAGGCAAAGGAAUGCUGGGCGUUUAAUGACAAGAGGUGCGACAGGGGGAAUUCAUGUAAAUAUAAGCACGCAUGUAGGCAUUGUGGCGGAGCGCACCCAGGAGUGGAUUGUAGGAAGGGUAAUGCCAAUAACAAUAGCAAGUUUUCCUUUCGAGGGCACGGGGGCAACGGUAGCGGAGGAGGAAUGGCGGGUAAUGGCCAAAACACCGCUGAGGGUAGAUAGGAUCAUUGAGGAAUUGGCAAUGUACCCGCUGAAAGAGGAAAGGAUUUUGUUAACAAACGGUUUGCGUGUAGGUUUUGUGGUCCCAGUUAAAACAGAAGUUAAAGGGGCUAUGCAGGCGAGAAAUUUAAAAUCUGCAGCAGAAUUUCCAGGAGUACUAGCGGAAAAAUUGAGGAAGGAGGUUAAAUUGGGGAGAAUGGCAGGGCCAUUCAAAGAGAAGCCGUGUGCUGACUUGAUUGUGUCCCCCCUGGGAGUAGUUCCCAAGAAAGAGAAGGGUAAAUACAGGAUGAUACAGCACCUGUCCUACCCCAGGGGGAAUUCAGUCAACGACGCAAUUGACAAGUUGGAUUCUUCAGUGCAAUAUCAAUCAUUUGAUAGUGCGGUAAGAAUAGUGAAACGGCUUGGAAAAGGGGCGUUGAUGGCAAAGAUAGAUGUGGAAUCUGCUUUUAGGUUAUUGCCUUUGAACACAGCUAGUUUUAAUUUAAUGGGUUGUAAGUUUGAUGGUGAUUAUUACAUAGAUAAGUGUUUGCCCAUGGGGUGUUCGGUUUCUUGUUCAGUUUUUGAAAAGUUUAGUUCAUUUUUGCAUUGGUUGUUUACAGAAAAAACAGGAUGUGAGAGUAUGUCUCACUACUUAGAUGAUUUUUUGGUGGUAGGCAGGAAAGAGACAGGGGAAUGUAGAAUCUGGAAGGAAGAGCUAGAGGCAAUGUUCAAACAGUUGGGAGUGCCAGUAGCAACGGAAAAGUCGGAGGGGCCGGGUACGAGGCUGGUUUUCCUGGGUAUCAUGAUAGAUUCCGCAAAGGGGCAAUGCGAGCUCCCUGCGGAUAAGAUUGAGAAGGCGAGACAUAUGAUAAAAACGAUGUUGAA